AUGCCACACUUUUUGCUGGUAUUUAAACUAAACUGAAACUGAAACUAAAUUACACGUACAUAUUUACCUGUGCGUGUAUGUGUGGAUUUCUGCUACAUACAACAGUUUUAGUGUAUUUUUCCUUUGUAUGCCUGCUCGUUGCAAUCACUCAUCCACUCACCUGCGUUUAGUGCGAGCAUUCUUCCACUUCCGCUGCCUUGCGCUGUCUGUGCUAAGCGCGCUGCCUAUUUUGUGGAUAAUUAAGCGCGUAAUUGUGCGGCACUAAAACUUUUUUUGCUGCUGCUAAAAAGGACGUGAUUUAUACACCGCUGCGAGGAAGUGUUUACACAUACCUACACUCCAACAUAUGUACAUACAUAUGUGCAUGGAAACACAACAAAGAUUUGUAUAGUCGCCCAAUAAAAAUAAAAUCAUUGUUUGCAGUGAAAUUAAAUUGCUCGUGCGUGAGAGUUGGAAAAGUUUAUGAAGUAAAAUAAAAAAAAAAAACGGGAUAUCGUUCAAGUACUUGUUUAUAACUGAAAAGUGCUAAGCAAACAGAUACGACUGUUGUAGACUCUUCUAACACUUACAUAAGUGCUUAAUGUGUCUAGCGGGUUGCUGGCUACUGCGAAGCAAUUAAGGAAAACGAAAACCAAUUAAAACAUAACUAAAUUCCAUAUCACAGGAGUGCAAUUUUUUUGUGUCAACUUCAGCUUUCAUUUCUCGAAGCACGCGUGGACGGGUUUCCAACCCGCCAAAUAAUUGUCGCCAAAAUUUUCACAGACGGAAAUAAGCUUGGUCCUGCUGCUGCGGGAAGAGGUAUGUUUUGCUAUCAGUGCCCGCCAUCGUUGCAUCCAUGUGGACCGCAUCCAUCACGUUUGCCUACGCUGGAUUAUCCGUUUGCUGCUACGCAUCCUUAUGCAAGCUACUCCUACCAUCCUUCCAUACAUGAUGAGACUUUCGUGCGGCGGAAGCAGCGGCGUAAUCGCACCACGUUCACGUUGCAACAGCUGGAAGAGCUGGAGACUGCCUUUGCGCAAACCCAUUAUCCGGAUGUGUUCACACGCGAGGAUCUGGCGAUGAAAAUAAAUCUGACGGAAGCGCGCGUUCAGGUUUGGUUUCAGAAUCGCCGCGCAAAAUGGCGCAAAGCCGAACGCCUUAAGGAUGAGCAACGCAAGCGCGAGAAUGGCGAGAGUAGCGGUUCGCUGGAUAAGCUUCACGACAGUCGCGAAUCAUCGCCUGACAUUACGGGCGAAAUUGACGAUGACGAACCUUCGCUGCGUCGCUCUCACAGCCCUGGUCCCCCAUCGGCCAGUCCGCAUGCCAUGGACUCGGAUAAUGAACGUCCGCUUUCUUCCACGCAACUAACCACUCAAUCGGCUUCACAGUCUCUUGGCUCGAUUAGCGCUGGUUCGCCGUCGCCUAGCGCGCGUGCCACGCCUCAACAAUGUCCCAAUAGCCCGACUUCGAAUUCGCGCCACACCGAUUCACCGAUCGAGGUUGGCGGUCCGAUUUCGUUGACUUCGCGUACAUCGUCCGGCACCACGCCCACAUCGGCGCUGCAUAGCACGCCUACUUCAUUUGGUAGUCAUAUCUUCGGCAAUUUUGGCGUCGAUAGCAAUUGCGGCUUUCGUCCCGUACUCAACGACAGCACUGCCAGCGUGGUCGCUUCUGGUGCGGGCACACAACGCACCACUGCACAUCCACCACUCUUUCUGCCACCACAUUUGGCCUCGCUCAGCUCACAGUUUACGCAUCAGCCACUCUUUCCCGGGCUAAAAGGUGUCUCUCCAUUUCCGGGUCUCUGCUCGUGCUGCUCCCUCAAACCACCACCGCCACCACCCAGCGCCUCUUCGGUGGCCGCCGCCGCUGCAGCCGCCGCAGCUGCUGCUGCCGCCUCAUCCUCCUGCUCCUCCUCCUCCUCCGUCGCCGUCAGCGCCGCCAACGUGCCCAUAACAUCUGCCGCUCCCUCCGCCAGCAGUUCGCCUGAUUCGCCACCGAACUCUAUCUCUUCGAUUGGUGGUAGUCAAUCAGCAACGCAUAACAAUCACGAUGCACGCUCCAGCUCGGUAGCCGAACUGCGUCGCAAGGCGCAAGAACAUUCAGCCGCAUUGCUGCAAUCGUUGCAUGCCGCCGCUGCAGCUGGACUCGCCUUUCCUGGGCUCCAUUUGCCGCCGCUCUCAUUUCAUCAUCAUUCCGCUGCCGCGUUGAGUAACGCCCACGCUGCUGCUGCAGCAGCUGCCGCCAACAAUAACAACAAUCACAAUAAUAAUAACAACAACAAUGGCGUGCGUCUGAAAAGUGAAUUGGCACAGGAUAUGACCGCAAGCACCAUAAAUGGCCUAGCAGCUGUGGCAGCGGCAAGUAAUCAUCACCACAGCAUCGCCAGUUUGACGCUGCUCGAUGCGCAGAGCGCUGCAUAUCAUCAUCAUCAGCAGCAGCAACAGCAGCAGCAACAGCAACAACAACAGCAGCAUCAGCAACAUCAAAUGUCACAAGCUGUGUUGCAUCUACAGCAGCAGCAACAACAACAACAACAGCAGCAGCAACAACAAAAUCAACUAUCGCCACCCAUAACGCCGACGCAUACGCCCACCAACCAUCGCCAAGAUACGCCGCCAAAGUGUGCGAAUGGUGGAGGUGCAGCAACAAUUGCUAGUAGCAUCAUCACGAAGAGCGAAUAAUAAAGAGAGGAGGAGACAUGAGCGUGAAGAGAGUGACUCAAAGAUGAUGAGCCAAGAAUAGAGUAGAUACAUUUGGAAUAAUUUGUAAAAUAUCUGAGCUGAUCUGCGUGCUAUGCCAAUGCAUAAGGUUUGAUUUGUUUUAAUUAAGGUAAUUAGUACAGUAGCCUCCGGCUAAUUGGGCAUGAUGAAUUGUACAGUUUGGUUAAAGCUUAACGAGGAACCCAAUUUACAGGAUUCCGUCAAAAGGAAGUCCAAUUUUUUGAAUGAGUUAUUGGUUGACAAAGAGGCAAAAUCAUGCAAGCGGGAGUCAACUAGCAGAGGCAUACUGUACUAAAUACUUAUAAAUACAUUAGUAGUGUAAAAAGUAGUUCAGUUUUACAUUAGAAAUAGAAAGAAUGUUAAGGAAGUAGUAUUUAAAAGUAAGUAAAUAUUAAGCACCUAAGCAAAAAAAUUAAAAAUUAGAAUUAAUUUCACCGCAAUUUAUUUAAACGCUUUUUCAAUAGUAAAAAAUUUAAUUUUUCGCCGAUUAUUCCUGCUUUCUGCCUGCACCCUGAUGAACCGCUGCACCAGCAUUGUACAAAUUUAAUUUAUCUCGCAUCGACGCAGAGCAAAUAGCAUCCUCACCAAGUUGAAACUCGUUGUACAUGUGGUUAGGACUGGGCACUCUAGGCGAUAGUUAGAUAAGAUCAAUCACUUCCUAUCAUCUGGGCGUAAAAAAUGUUGGCUUAGUACCCACAAUCAAUAUAAAUACUUAGCCAUCUUGACAGAAUACACUCCCAUAGCCGGUAUCCUCUCGCGUAGCAUUAGCUGCUGCCCCAGAU